UGUGUUUCUGCAGAGCUCCAGAGAUCAUCUUGGGUCUGCCGUUCUGUGAGGCCAUAGACAUGUGGUCCCUGGGUUGUGUCAUUGCUGAGCUGUUUCUGGGCUGGCCGCUCUACCCCGGAGCAUCUGAGUAUGACCAGAUCCGGUACAUCUCUCAAACGCAGGGCUUGCCAGCAGAGUAUCUGUUAAGCGCAGGGACGAAAACAACCAGGUUUUUCAACAGAGACCCCGACUCCACCUAUCCUCUAUGGAGACUGAAGACACCUGAAGACCAUGAGGCAGAGACGGGGAUCAAAUCGAAAGAAGCUCGCAAGUACAUCUUCAACUGCCUGGAUGAUAUGGCACAGGUGAAUAUGACCACAGACUUGGAGGGCAGCGACAUGCUGGCAGAGAAGGCAGACAGAAGGGAGUUCAUUGACCUGCUGACCAAGAUGCUGACCAUCGACGCAGACAAGAGAAUAACACCCAUAGAGACACUCAACCACCCCUUUGUCACAAUGACACACUUGCUGGACUUCCCACACAGCACACACGUCAAAUCCUGCUUCCAGAACAUGGAGAUUUGUAAGCGUCGGGUGAAUAUGUACGAUACAGUCAAUCAGAGCAAGACACCCUUUAUAACACAUGUAGCCCCCAGCACCUCCACCAAUCUCACCAUGACCUUCAACAACCAUCUUAACACUGUGCAUAGCCAGGCCACCAACCUGGCUCCCUCUUCCACCAGUGCCACCCUUUCCCUUACCAAUGCUGAUGUCUCCAUACUAAAUUACCAUUCUGCACUCUACCAGCCUUCUGCGGCCCCUAUGGCUGCCGUGGCCCCCCGAACCAUGAACCUCCAACCCGGUGCACCACAACUCUGCGCCGCCCGACCCGAUCCCUUCCAGCAGGCCCUCAUCGUCUGCCCACCAGGCUUCCAGGGUUUGCAAGCUUCACCCUCUAAACACACUGGCUACUCGGUGCGGAUGGAGAAUGCAGUUCCCAUAGUAACACAGGCCCCCGGUGCCCAACCUCUACAGAUCCAGCCGGGCCUUCUGACACAGCAGGCCUGGCCGUCUGGUACUCAACAGAUUCUCCUUCCGCCGGCAUGGCAGCAGCUCACACACACCUCCGUGCAACACGCCACCGUCAUCCCCGACUCCAUGACCAGCUCACAGCCUCUGGCCAACUGGAGGAAUUCGCAUCCCCAUGGCAGCCAUUACAAUCCCAUUAUGCAACAGCCAGCCUUACUGGCAGGUCACGUCACCCUGCCCUCUCAGCAACCUCUCAAUGUGGGCGUGGCUCAUGUCAUGAGACAGCCAUCAAACAAUAGCUCCUCCUCCAAAAAGAACAAGCAGCACCAGAUGAACAACAGGAACGUGUCAGCAUAUGAGGUAUCUUCCACCCAGCCGGUGACAUCACCUCAACGCUCCAAACGAGUGAAGGAGAACACCCCACCUCGGUGUGCCGUGGUUCAGAGCGGCCUGUCCUCGACCUGCGGCCCAUCACAGACCUGUGGAGGUGGUGGAGUAGGUGGAUGGGGAGGCGAGCAGGCAUGUAGCACCACUAGAGACCAUCACAGUCAACACAACCCACCGCGCCAAACCAUCGUCAUCCCCGACACCCCCAGCCCAGCCAUCAGCAUCAUCACCAUCAGCAGUGACACAGAUGAGGAGGACGACCUUAAACAGCCCAAUAACACCAGCACGUCAUCCAAACAGAGGAAGAAUGUCAUCAGCUGUGUUACGGUCCAUGACUCCCCAGACUCUGACUCCAGCAAUACCAGCCCGUACGCUGUGGAGUCCCGGCCUAAUGGGCCCAACGCCAACAGCUACGACUCUAAAGGCGCUGUCUUGGACAACUACAGUAACGGGAACCCCCGCACCAUCAUCAUCCCUCCACUGAAGAGCCAGACCAGCGGGAAUCUGGGAGAGUGUGAUAGACUCCAGCCUGACACGAUGAACCACCAGAACUCCACCUACAAGUUCAAACCCACCAAUGGUGUCUUGUCUGGCAACAACCACUCUUCAGGAGGCGGGACAUACCGGCAGCAGCGCAUGGGGCCACACCCCUUUCAGCAGCAGCCUCUAAAUCUCAGCCAGGCCCAGCAGCACAUGGCAGUUGAGCGCAACGGCGGUCACCGGCGGCAGCAGGCCUACAUCACCCCCACUAUGGCCACCCAGGCUCAGUACGCCUUCCACAACAGUCCCACCCACACAGCUAACGUUCAUCCCCACUUAGCCGCUCCUCAUCUGCAUGGUCAGCCACACCUCUACACCUACACUGCCCCCGCGGCCCUGGGCUCCACUGGUACGGUGGCUCACCUGGUCGCAUCACAGGGUUCAGCCCGUCACGCAGUCCAGCACGCUAGCUACCCGCCGGGCAUCGUCCACCAGGUGCCUGUUAGCAUGGGCCACCGCGUGCUUCCCUCACCCAACCUGCACCACUGCCAGUACCAGGCCCAGUUCGCACACCAGACCUACAUCAGUGCUUCUCCUGCCUCCACUGUCUACACUGGAUACCCGCUGAGCCCCACCAAGAUGAACCAGUACCCUUACCUCUAAAGCUGAAACACUGGAGCCCAGCCAAUCGCUGCUUACCAUUUCUACCCUUAUCCCACCUAGAGACAGAGAGACAAGCUGAAGCCUAUCGACCCUUAACCCCCAUCCCCUCGUUCCUUUCAUGCUUAAACUUGAAGACAAUGAAGACGCUGAUGGAUAGAGGAAGUGUACUCUCAGAGGGAACAGAAGGGUACCGAGGAGUUUUUUUUUUUUUCUUUUUUUUAAGAUGAGUUUUAUUUUGCCCAUCUCAAAAGGGCCUGUUAACAUUUUAUUUUGUGAUCUGGAGUUUUUGUCUCUUUAAAAAGAGAGGAAGAAGGUUUUUGCUUUCGUAGUUUCUUUUACAACAAGGUCUCAUCAGCAGGCCGUUUGGGAGAGACCGUGUUUCGUUCGACUGAGAUUUUGUUUGCUUUUCCCUUUCUUGAAUUAAUUUACCGACUGUUUAUCCGAGGUCACGACAUGGAUGUUUUGAAUUCCUACAAGAAUUAUUUUGGAUAAGGUGAAAUACGGAUAUCUGCUGCUCUUCAAAGAAAAAAACAAACAAACUAAAAAAAACAUAACGAUGGCCUUGAACUGUCUUAAAUGUUUCCAAAUUCCAUGCGGCGAGAUAUUGUGCGUAUUCCGCCGUGCUCUCCGGCAAGAAACACCUGGAGGAAUCUUCUGGAAAUAGGACGACAAAACUUUCUAGUGUAUUUAUAGACUUUUCUUUGUUUGUGUUCACAUUUAGAAAAGAAAAUCCGUUUGUCAUACCGUAGAACAUUAGCUGGGCCCCUCUUUGUAGAAUGUAGCAGUCUGCACCCAUUGAUUUCACGAAGAACCUUUCUGAUACCAAUAGAUUCUUGUUUUUCCUCUUUCAAUGUGAUUGCACAAAGUGGUUA